UGCGUGCGUGCGUAGUUCUGACCUACUAACAUACAUCCUUUCGUGUUGCCGUAUGCUCCCUCACUCACUUCGCGUUGCUCUGCUCCCAGGCAAGUGGGACGCUGUUGCUUGCCCGUCCUUACUCGCCUCUCCUCAGCCAGGUGCACGGAAUGCUCCGCUUACCGCGCUGCACUGAAGGUUAUUUAGAAGAUUCUCAUCACCUCUGCCAAGAAAAUUGGAUCUAGACACUUCUGUUUGAGAAUAUGAAACAAAAGGAAGAAUAUGUGUGGAUUUCAAAGUACUGCAUUAAGUUGUGGUAUGAGAAGUACUGGGGAAAUAGUUUGCUCUGUUGCUCAUUGUAGAUCUAUUACAAAUUGUUUCUGAUGCAGCUGAGAAAAAUGCAGACCCUUAAAAAGGAACAUGGACCUGUUGACACAAGUAGCAAUGUGGACAAAAUCAUGGUACUUAAGUCUACUUUAGCAGAAGUGUCUGAAGAAUUGUCUACAAAUGAAGAGAUACUACUCACUGAAGCAAGUAGUGGAAAAAGCAAAUCUUCAGCUUGCCGGAGAAAGCGAGAAUUCAUUCCAGAUGAAAAGAAAGAUGCUAUGUAUUGGGAGAAAAGGAGGAAAAAUAAUGAAGCUGCUAAAAGAUCUCGUGAAAAACGACGACUGAAUGACCUUGUCUUAGAGAACAAACUAAUUGCACUGGGAGAAGAGAAUGCCACUUUGAAGGCAGAGCUGCUUUCUUUGAAGCUGAAGUUUGGUUUAAUUACUUCUGCAGCUUAUGCCCAAGAGAUACAGAAACUCAGUAGCUCAACAGCUGUGUAUUUCCAAGAUUAUCAAAGUUCCAAAUCAAAUAUUAAUUCAUUUGUGGAUGAACAUGAACCAUCUAUAGUUGGUAGCAGUUGUAUUUCUGUCAUUAAGCAUUCUCCUCAAAGCUCUAUGUCUGAUAUGUCUGAAAUAUCAUCAGUAGAACAUACUCAGUCAAGUUGUAUGCAAAACAACUGCAGAAGUCCUGAAAAUAAGUUCCAGAUUAUAGAACAGGAGCCCAUGGAAUUAGAGAGUGAGCCAAGAGAUGACAGAAGUUCACAGAAAGCAUCCAUAUAUCCACACUACAUGGGAACUACCUUUAACAUGUACUCACAUUCUCCUCCUCUGUUCCAAGUCAAUAGGUCCUCCAGUAAUUCCCCCAGAACUUCAGAAACUGAUGACAGUGCAGUUGGAAAGUCAUCCGAUGGAGAAGAUGAACAGCAGGUUCCUAAGGGUCCAAUCCAUUCCCCAGUUGAACAUAAAAAUAUUUGUGCAACAGUUAAAGUUCCAGAAGUGAAUUCUUCAGCUUUGCCUCACAAGCUUCGAAUUAAAGCCAAAGCCAUGCAAGUUAAGGUGGAAGCAGUAGAUAAUGACUAUGAUGCUGCACAGAAACUAUCAUCACCUAUUGAUAUGUUAUCAAAAAGACCUGUUGAGCUUGAAAAACACACUGCACAAAACUUGGUGCAUUCUUCUCGCACUCCUUUCUCAGUUCAAGUGACUAAUAUCCAAGACUGGUCUCUCAAACCAGAACUCUGGCAUCACAAGGAACUCAAUGCACUGAUGAUUCACAGUCACAUUCUGGGUGGACCUUGGCACAGAAAUCAAUGCUCCACAAGAUUACAAGACCAAAUGCAGGGCCUGCAACUCUGCUAUGAUUUUAUGUGGGUUUUCAUCUCCUGUAAGCAUCCUUCUUGCCUUUGCUACAUCAGAGAGAUCUGAUCUGAGAAAACCUGCAUCAGCCCAAGAGGUUCUGGGGAAGCUACACGUGCAUCUAAUACUAUUGACAUUCAGGUACCAUGGUCAAUUUUUCCUCCUCUCUCCCUUUCCCCCCUGCACAAAUGUAUACACAACUUAAAAUGUCAGACAGCUAUUAUACUUUUCCAUGCUACUCAGAUUCUUGGAUGUGCAAAUGGCUGAAUGGUCAUCUAAAUAACUUACAUAUGUAAAAACCUAAAUUUGUCCUGAUAUCUCUAUGUGCCAGAGUCAGCAUCCAUUAUACCUACAUUUCUGAGGUAUGACAUUAAACCUCUGUCUCUUUCUAACAAUUUGGACCUCUAAAAAUUGUGUUGUAUAUAAAUACACUGAGAACAUAUUGCAUUGAUUUCCAUGGGAUUUGUGUUACGCGGCCCUGAAAGCCAGGAUGUUCAUGGUAUGUAUAACAAUCAGAAAGUACUAAAGCAUAAUACUAUAUCAUAUAAAAUAGCUGAAAAGAUGAUAAAAUGUGAUGAGAGCCAUUGUAGCAGAACACAGUGUUCCUUUCUCUGGGCCCUGUUCCCAUUAAGGAUUUAAAAAUGCUAGAGGGAUUUUGGAGGAGAGCAAAAGUAAAAUAAUCAACUGUCAAGGGUUGAUCCAUGAAUUAAAAGUACACAUUUAACUAGUCCCCAAUAUACACGUCAACAUCAUACGUACUUGACAAUAUACAUGUUAACAUAGAUUGAAGUAUUUAGUUCCCAUUCUCAAAAAAGGCUUGGUGACACAUUUUUUUAAAAAGCCUGUUAAAAAUGUGAAUGUACAAAUGUCAAAGUUAUUUAUGUAAAAAAAGCUACAUUGGACAAGAGACUGUGACAGCUGGACAACAUAUAUUCUCUAUAAAUAUUGUAGGGGGCUGGAAGUAAUUGUUUAUAAUUUCUCAUUUUCUGUAAGAAUAGUGAGAUUACUUUGAAAAGAAGAUUUUUAGCUUCUUUUAUCAUGAGAUUUAUGACAGUGAAAACUAGAAAACUGGGAGAAAGACAAACAAUCCUUAUUUGAUGGUAUUGUGAGAUAGUGUUAACAGGCAUGGAAGGGGAAAAUAGUCUCUCAGGUGAUGCAUUAAUAUACAUCAAUUUCUAGACCAACAACAAAACUUACUGUAAAUCCUAGCAAAACAGUGCAAGAUACAUGGAAAUUAAGAAGAAAAGUCCAUGCCUUGUGUCUUUUAUUAGAAUGGUGCAAGUGUGCUACUCAUAGGCAGGUGUGAGAACUUUUAAAAUAACAAGAAACAGGAUAUAACAGCAAAUGUCAUAUCAGAACCUCCUCUAAAUACAGUCAUGGUGACACAAAAAUAUCUGAGGCUCCUCUGGAACUUUCUAUGUCUGCAUUAGAUCCCUAGUAUGUGGUUUAUGUAAUAUCUAUGUACUAGUCUUUUCAAGUAUGGGAAAAAUGUAAGUGUGGCCUGCAAAUGACAUCCAGAGGGAACACUAACUCAUCUGCAGUCUGAAUUCUUUAUAAACCACUCUGUUUUGCCAGAAAUGUCUCAUCUUCUUAACAAGUGCAGGAUUGUGGCUGAGAACAAAAUUGACUUAUCUACCUUUAAAAAAAAAAUUGCUACAGACUCCUCAGUUAUCUAUUUAUGAUUGUGUUUGAUGUGAUAAACAGUUAAGCAGCAUGUCAGAAUGUACAGAAAGUCAGCUGGCUCUCAGAAGAUUACUUUAUAUAUACAAAGUAAUAUAAUGAAGUUGAGUAGUAAGAAAAGUGUGAAAGCCUCCAGGAGCCAUUUUAUAACUAAUCUAUUACAAUCUGUCCAUGUGACACUUGCUAAUCUGAUGCUUUCAUCCAUCAGCUUGCUUCCUUGCAAGUCUGCAGUGUUUAUUUUUCUUCUGAUAACUUUUCUUAUAUAAAACUCAUGGGAUAAAACUCCUUAAGGAAGGUACUCUCUUCCUGUUCAUGUUUGACUUCAAGAGAUCACAGAGAGACUCCAGAGACUCCAUACUAGAAUCUUCUGUCUCUAUACCACUUCUUUAUAGUGUGGCUGGAAUGAAAUCAUGCUGCAACUUUCUCCCUCCAUAUUUGAUAGACUUUGUAACACUUGCACAGAAACUUUUCCCUAAAGGAUCUCUGGAGUGUAUCAGGAUAACAAUGGCUUAAAAUAUACUGCUGCUCAGGACGAUUAAUGCAUG